AUGUCAGGAGAGUUUGAAUCUCCGUACUUUGACGCCGACUUUACGUCUGGCCUUGGGGACGGAACAGACGCCGACUUGGUGUUCCUGGAUGUUGACUUGGCGGGCGAUCAGAGGGGCAAACCUGAUUUGUCGGGCGCGUUCGAUCCAGACGCGCGUUGGGACCCGGGACUUGGCUCGCAGGACUUUGCAAACGCGCCCGCAGCUGCUCGAACUGCCCAUGCCUCUCCUAUGCCCCCGCAACUCGGUGAAAUCAGCGUCACUGACCCUUCGAAGCCCCAUAGCGGCACCCCACAGGUACCUCAUAUGACGCCGCACAUGCCAAACAUGCCGGUGCCUGGCAAACACAACGGAUUCGACAAUUCCCCUAUGAUUCCUGGUUCACCACAUAUGCAGAUGGGUAUGAUGCCCGGACAGCCUCUUCAGCCCGGUCAGCCGCCCCAGCACCAGCUCCACCAACCGUACGGUGAUCAGGCCCCGCCCCGCUCGAUGCCCGGCCAGAAUGCUGGUCAGGCCCAGAACACCAGAGGCCCUCAGGGUGGUCCGCAAGGUUCUCAGCUGCCUCAACAGGCUCAGGGCCCCCAACGGACACCUGGUCCACAAGGCAUGGGUAUCCAGGGCCAGACUCCAGGUCCUGGCGGACAGCAGGGCCCUGGAAGCCCCCAGGGUCACCCUAUGAUGCAGCAGGCCCCUCCGCCUCGCCAGCAGACGGUUUCACGUCAGAGAAUGCAUCCGGGAAGAAUACAACUACCGAGACAAGAUAUGUCGCAAGCCUUCAAUAUGCCUCAAGGAAUACCCGGCCAACCCAUGCCAAUGAACCAUGGAAUGAACCAAAACCAAUACGGAAUGCCUGGUUCCGAUAUGCCCAUGUCGAAUGGCAGAAUGGGCCAGCAGCCCCCACGGCGACUGAUUUCGCCAGUAAGCCCGAAAAGUGAAAUGGCUCUUCGUGGUAUGCCCUCGCAGCCUCAGCAGCCACCUCAACCAUCGCAACAGCAACAGUCGCGAAUGGGGUGGCAACCACAGCAGCCCAUGCAGCAACAACCACCUAAACAGGUCCAACAAGCUCAAAUGAGAGCUCGACCCCGUCAAGGUGUACCACCAGGUAUGGCACAGAGCCCCGUUCAACAGAAUAGUGUUCCUGGUCCAGGAGGCCCACAAAUGACAUUAGCUGGCUACAUGUCGCAAAACUGGCGAGCUCCUCAUCCUGAUGGCACCCCGCAGUCGCCAGACCCGGCCACUGCAGCCGCCGCUGCGGCAAGAGGACAGAUGGAUACCCGCGCUCAAUUGGCACACGCACAGCAGCUUCGUCAAAGGCAACUAGCUCGAGCUGCCCAGGCUCAAGGUGGCCAGGAUUCUUUAGGUGGUAUGGUGCCUCCUCAAAAUGUAGGGCAGGCAGCGGCCGUUCGAAGACUCCAAGGUCAAGUUAGUGCUGGCGUCCCCGGAGGACCAGUCGGCGGUCUCACCAAUGUUGGCGGAGUUGUCACUGCUACUCCAAUGGGCCAUCCUGGUAUGCCGCCUCCUUUGAAACGCCGCCGUGUUCGUCAACCUAAUCCCAAAGCUGCUGCUGAGGCGGUGCGAAUGUCACUUUUAGCAGUUUACAUGCUGCUAUCUUCUAACGAAGACACUGAAAUUGAUGCCCGUGCAUUGUUGGCCAAAGUUGACGAAGUACCCGCGCAAAAACGUUCACCUUUACUUGCUCACGCUCUUGGAAAGGUCGGUGUCCCAACCCCAGGUUCUGUGCGCUUCCCAUACCGUGAAAUCCCCCCUGAACUCUUCUCUUAUGUGCUAGGAAAGUUUAUGGAAACUCAAACUAAUGGUGCUGCAGGUCGUCCUGUAGUCGAUGGACGAAGAAUCAACCUCUAUGUGUUGUUUGUGUCGGUACAAGCCUGCGGUGGGUUUACUGGUACCAGUAAACGUUUGAAAUGGCUGAAAAUUGCAAACCACCUCCAAGUCCCUCUUACCACAAGGAAUGUCAUUGCGUUGAUCAAUAUAUAUGUCAAGUUACUGCUUCCGUUCGAGCUCGCCUAUAUGGAAUCUGCCGCAUUCCGCCAGCGCUUGCUCAUUACGACAACAGUAGUCCGAUCACACAUGCGCCGUGGCCAAGAUAUCGGUCCAGGGCGUCGCCAGGCAGACAUGUUUGCGGCGAUUCGUACAUUGCGUCUCCGUGCUCGUGCUCAAGCUCUGGCUAGAGCUCGCGGCCAUCCUAUCCCCCCUCUGUUCCCUCCCCAUAUUUUGGGCCGAGUGCGUCCAAAUGGUGUCCCACCAUCGAAUUCAGAUCCUAAUUCACGUGGAGAUGUGACAGGUGCGUCUGCUGGAUGGAGGACACGAGCCCGCAUUGCUAAAGCCAUGCGUGAAAUGAAUCUACACCCGCGUUACGGCAAGCAAAAAGGUGCAGUUGAAAAUGGUGGUAAUGGCGACAGACGGCUUUAUGACCGUGAUAAGUUAUUUGAAGUGGACGUUAAAGAUGAUGCCUAUAUUCCUCAUGUUAAACAAAGAACCCGGUAUGGCGGUAGGGAUUUGCGUUCUUUGGUGCUUUUGGGUACCGAGAUCGAAAACUGGCGACCUGACGUCGCGUUCCCUUUCGAUUUGGCUACUGUGGAUUUACGAGCCAUCAAGAUGUCGCUUGCUUCUCGUGAUGUUGCGGAGGUCCGCCAGGCACUAGACAAGUUAAUCGUGGUUACUACGGACCCUCAUGUUCACAUCUCGCUGCAGCAUUGUCCAUUCCUGCUUGCGAAUCUGUGUGAAGUUGUUCAGCUUAUAUUGGAACCGCUUCUGGGAGAUCGCAGUAAAAUAAAUAAACCCCACCGCGGGGUUAUGAGCGUGGAUGCCCCGACCGACGACGAGCAAAUUUGGUCUGUGGGUGACAGAAUCUUUUCUUCGCUCAAGCUUCGUGAAGCCAAGAGAGAGGACAUUGUUGUGUCUGUUUCAUCUACCACAGGCUCUGAGUUGGAGCCGGUAACCGUUCAUGUUGAAGGCGUUAGCGAAACUAUUGAAACUGCAAAGCGUUGGCACAAACACGACAAGGAUGUUGCCGCCAAAAAGGCAGAAAACUUGCUUCAAAGCCAGAGAAUCCGCGCUGAGCAUGUUGCAGCUGCUAGUGUCCGAAAAGGCCUCGAGGCUGAAAAGGCAGGUAAACCAAUGCCGGCUUUCGGCUUUGUGAAUUACACAAAGAGAUACGAGCGAAUCGAAGAGGAACUUCAAUCGUUACAGCCCCAUCAAGACGAGCAAAACGAAUUCUUUGUGGGCGCUGCUUGUUCUCGUUUGUUGGCAGCAACCUGUGUCCUUCGCAACUUAUCAUUUGCAGAGCCUAAUCGCCCCUUGAUUGCUCGCAAGCCCAACUUCCAAUCUUUACUCUGGUCGCUUCUAUAUGCCUUGGCAGAAAACCCUUGUCUUUUGGACCACGAAAUCCGGACUUUGGACCUUUGCAAAGAUUUGCUUGUGCUCCUCUCAAACAUUUCUUUGCACUGGAUACUUACUGACCCCAAACACACCCUUGUUUUAAUUCUGUUCCUUUUGUCCUUCUCUGUUCAAGAGAGUCCUUAUACUUCCGAAGGUGAUGUUGAGUUUGCUGAGUGUGAUAUGGAAGUCCACCGUUCAAUUGGAAACGCGGUGGAUGUGUUUUGCAAACUAACAGCACGAGCAUCUAAUCGUGAGAUUAUUGAGGCCGUUUUACGAGAUACAAUCACAGAUCCCGAUUACCGUGUCCUAAUCAAGCGUUACCUUAAUGGCAGACCACAUUUGGAGCCUUGUGAGUUUUUGACUAAAAUGUUCUCCCUCGCUGUGUCCGUCAUGCCAUCUUCUCGUUUCCGACCGGCUGCUCGUGAAAUGGAUUCCCGCAGACCAUUCCUGUUACUGUCUGCUUUAUCAGCCGACACCCUCGUGUCGAUGAUUCCAAACGACGAGGACCAACCUGAUGAUGCACCCACGCCUUGGCGCGGGGUUAAUAUCGCUGCCCAGUGGCUUGCUUCGCGAGAUCACUUUGGUAACCGCCUCCUUCGUGCUAUAAACUUUAUGGCUAUGGUCGUUAUAUCAGCUAAUCCUCAGAGUGUUCCUCGUCAGCCUGGCAUGCCUCCUCAACCAGGUAUGCCCGACCCGUCUCGUCCUCAAAAUGGACCAGAAAACAUGGAACAAAUGCGGCCUUUCCAGUUAGUCACUCGUCAUGGCGUCGACAUCUUGCAGACUCUUUAUCGUAAGGCCCGGAUGUCGAUGCCCAUGUACAGCCUGGGCGUUUUCCCCACGGUUGAGCACUUGCUGGGCAACAUGAUGGCUGGUGAAAUGGAGAAGAAUGUCGUGAGACUACUCAGCACACUUUAUGAUGACAGUAUCCUAUACACAGCUGCUAACAUGGGUGCUAAACGAAAACAAUCCGACUAG